AUGACCGACGAACCGGUCCGGACACUGAAAUGUGUUCUGGUGGGUGAUGCAGCUGUAGGGAAAACGUCCCUGAUCGUUUCCUAUACUACUAACGGCUAUCCUCAAAACUAUGUUCCAACGGCAUUCGACAAUUACUCAGUUGUGGUUCGCGUGGAUAAGAAACCUAUUCGGCUCCAAUUAUGCGACACUGCAGGACAGUCAUCAUUUGACACCCUCCGCCCCCUUUCAUAUCCGGAUGCCGACGUAUUCGUGAUCGUCUAUUCGGUCGUCGAUCCACAAUCAUUCGCUGAAAUUUCCGCUCAUUGGCUUCCAGAGAUAAAUCGUGGAAAUCCUGUAGCGCAAGUGCUGCUUGUCGGGACGCAAGUUGAUCUGCGAUGGCAAACUUCAAAAGAUACGGUAUCCACGGCAAAAGGACGACAACUCGCUUCACAAAUUGGGGCGGAGUUUUUCGAAUGCUCCGCCCUCACCCAACAUAAUCUGAAGCAGGUAUGGGUUCUGAAAUAUGUUCGACUCAGCCAUCCUUGCUGCACUCGAAGGAAGGCGGACAAUCAAAUCUCCACGUCCACAUCUGCACACCUCAAGAAUUAA